UUCUUAUUUGCACAGCUUGCCGCGUGCACUGCCUCGACAACCAUGUUUUUUAAACUUUCAUUUUAUCCUUUUUUAAAGCGCGGAGCAAAGGGAAUCCUAGAAUCUGGUGAAUUUCAACAUCAUGAGGAUUAUCACACAGUUUCUUCUUGUUACAACUAGUGUAUGCUACCUCUCGGCAUCUGAAGUUAAGGAUGUCGGCGAGACUUUGCCCGGAAAGAAAAAAGCCAGAGAAAUGUCGAUUCGAGAUUACCAGCAAAUGGAUUUGCUGGCGUUGGAAUAUCUUGGCUAUGCCGUCCAGAUAUUUGAAGGGAAGUUGAAGUUUAUGAAAUUUUUUCGUAAGCAUUAUUUGGUCGAAGAAUCGGCACUGAAACUGGAUCCCUAUCGUUUUACGAGUGAUGUAAUUCAACAUUUCAAAAUAAUGAAACGGUUUGUUCAUGAUUGGGACGAGAUGUUCAAAGUGGUUAAGGACAAUCAAAUCCCAGAUUUAGACAAGCAAUACGAAAAAAAGGUAAAAAAAUAUGAUUGGCCAUCGGACGAGCGUCUCAGAGAAGUUGUUGAGAAUUAUUUGGAUUUUCAAAAAAAGAAAAAACUCUCCGCCAAGGCCUUAGCCGACCAGAAAUUUGCAGGGGCCAAGCACGAGACAAAACUUAGAAGUAGUGACUGCCACGCAAUUGCAGCGCAUUUAAUUUACGACCCCAAGAGGCAAUCGCUUGCUCUCGAAUGGUUGAAAGAGGCAUACGCGAGGUUCCAUGAAAAAAAUGAAACGGAGCGUUACAAGCAAGACCUCCUUCUGGAUCUAGCAUUUACUCUCUCUGAAACAGGUCACACCAAAGAGGCGGUCGAUUUCGCUGAAAAUUUCACGAGAACAAACAUGAAGAACGGAUAUAUCUACGCCGAUAUGCACAAAUAUCUUAAAGCCAGACUCGAAAAUCGGCCUGUUCAGGACCUAAAGAAGAACACAACUCCCGAGGAUACUACUCUUGACCUCCCACUUUACCCCGAUCUCCGCCAUUGGCAUUUGGCUGAUGUUUGCAAAGGGAACGCAAGGCUGCCCCCGAGCUACGUGGCCAAGUUGAAAUGCCGCUACACAAUCAACGACUCACCUUUAUUCGUCUUGUCACCGCUGAGGGAGGAAGAGCUGUACUUGGAUCCCAAAGUGUCCAUCUACCGCAACUUUUUAACCGACGGCGAGGUUGACGGUUUGAUAGACUCAGCAUAUGGCCGAAUGAAUGAUGCUAAAGUUCGACAAGGUCCUUCCGAAUCCAAUCGAUCCACAGAUUACAGACAAAGCAAAGUUUUCUUCUUGGAUGGUCGAACGCCAAAGUUCGAAAGGUUCCUCAAACGGACCGAUGCCUUGACUGGUCUUGGUAACGAAACGGCAGAGCCCGUUCAAUUAUCAUAUUAUGAUGCCGGCGGGUGGUACACCUCUCAUUAUGAUGCUUUCCCGAACGAUUUUGAGCUGCGAAAUGGGAAUAGAAUUGCAACCGUUUUAUUUUAUUUGAACGAUGUCAAAGUUGGAGGCGAAACCGCUUUUUACCAUCUUAACGUUGCUGCUGAGCCAGAAAAAGGCAGUGCUUUGGUAUGGUUCAACUUGAAACGGAGCGGGCUAACCAACAUGCUCUCAGGACAUGGAGCUUGCCCCGUUUUGUACGGCCAUAAGUGGAUUGCCACUCGAUGGUUCCAUCAUCGCGGACAAAUGCUCAAAAGACCCUGCACACUGAAUAAAUACGAAUAAAUUGAUCGACUGCCACUACGACGUUGUCUUUUUUAUGGAGUUUUAUUAAAGAAGGAGUAAUUACUAAAAUUACAAUUGAUUUCUUCUGAAAUAUUUAGUUGGUUCCUCAACUCUAAAAACUCGUGUAAAAUGUUUGAAUGACAGGCAUUUUAUUUUUUUAAGUAUGUCAAAAAAAGUUAUACUCAAUGGGCUGAAUGAUAAUCAAUUAUUUUUUUUAGAAGCACUGAAAGAGGUUGUGCUGUAUAGUAUGUAUGAAUGUGAAUGAUAUGACAUUAGCAUUUAUGUGCUAAGUGAUUUCUAAACCAAGUACCCUCUAUCAUAAGACCCCUUUUUUUAAAAGCCUUUACAGAAAACUCAGCACUCCCUUUUUUGUCACUGCUUGUUCCUCAUUUAGUAAAUGUUUAGUUGUUUUAAAAAGAAUAACGCUUUUGAACUGCGUAAAUUCCCUCGAUUAAGGUUAAAGAUACGUUCAUGACACCGCGCGACUUUUAAUUUCUUUAAUUGAUCUUGCUUAUAUUUUAUGGAGCUUUAUCUUAAUCCUGUGAUACUUUUCAUCUAAUAGUUAAUUUUUGAAUACACUAUUUGACUCUCA